CAUUUUUGUGGCAGAUGCUGGACUUUCCAGCAGCUGUGAUAUGAAAUGGAUUUGAUAUAAAUGUACAGCUCUGAAUGAGGUCAGCUUUACAACAUGAGAAGGCAGGAAAUGUGACUUCAUGCAAGCGACUUUACAGUAAAUAUAUUGGGGUAUAGCAUAGCUGUCACUAUGGCAACGAGCGCUGUUCCCAGUGACAAUCUCCCCACGUAUAAGCUGGUCGUGGUGGGGGAUGGGGGAGUGGGGAAGAGUGCGCUCACCAUUCAGUUCUUUCAGAAGAUCUUUGUCCCUGAUUACGACCCCACCAUCGAGGACUCCUACCUCAAACACACUGAGAUUGAUGCCCAGUGGGCCAUAUUGGACGUUCUGGAUACAGCAGGCCAAGAGGAGUUCAGUGCUAUGAGGGAACAGUACAUGAGGACCGGGGACGGGUUCCUCAUCGUGUUCUCUGUCACAGACAAGGCCAGCUUUGAACAUGUGGACCGCUUCCAUCAACUCAUCCUCAGGGUGAAGGACCGGUGGGAUUUACUACUUAGCUUCCCACUGGUGGCCGUGGCCAGGACAACAGUCAUUCCUGCCUUCCGUUAUUCAGGCAUUCAUGCAUUUAUUACUCUGUCCAUCCAUCCAUUCGUUCAUUUAUUCAUUGUUAUUUUCCUUAUUUUUUUUAGGGAAUCCUUUCCUAUGGUUCUUGUGGCCAACAAAGUGGAUCUGCUGCACUUACGUAAAAUACCCAGUGAUCAGGGGAGGGAGAUGGCUAGUAAACACAGUAUAGCUUACAUUGAAACCAGUGCAAAGGACCCAGCCAUGAAUGUUGACAAGGCGUUCCACGAGUUAGUUAGAGUAAUCAGGCAACAGAUUCCAGAGAGGAGCCUGAAGAAGAAGAGGAAAACCAAGUGGCGAGCCGACAGGUCCACUGUCUCCCACCGACUGCACUGUGUUGUCCUAUGAUGGUUUUUUACUUGUACAGCUGCUCCCUACAGGACAGGGGGAAGAUGAUUUCAUUUAGGAGUGUUUACUCUCUACACAGAGUUCCAGGAGGCAGUUUGUACCCUCUAUCCCGGCACAUGAGUUAGGUGGAAGGGUCAGGUCCAACAGCACAGGAGUUUCCCAGACACGGGAUGUGACUGACUCGCCCUAAAAGGACCAGUGGAUUAAUUUACAGCUCUUCUGGGAAUGUGCACUAACUUACUCAACUACAUUGCGAUAAAGUGGCAUCAAUACUGCCUUUAUCUACCAAUGAAGCUCUUUGACAGAGAAACUGGACAUAUGGGCUCACAAAGAUAAUCUGUAAAUAAUUAGGACAUACUGUAGCAGGGUCACACAAACAUCGUUUUACUAAGAGGUAGGCCUUUAAAACUUGGUCCUUGUUGUUUUUAAAUAGCUUUCUUGUUAUAGUCCCUAUCAUUAAGAUGGAGGCCAUUUAAUAAAGCACUGGAAGGAGGGAGGAAACUGAGAACUUUCCCCAGUGAGGGGGAGUAUAUUAGAGAGGGGAGUGAGAGGAGGGGAGAGGAUAUGUCUGUUUGUGUUGGAAUCAGUGGGCCUGUCAGACAACAGAGAGAAGAAGGGAAAGUGAGGAAAGAGACACAGAGAGAGAAAGAGAGAUUCCAAAUGGAUAGCAUCUGGCAAAGGGACUCCAGACAUUGUGUUAAAGCCUGGGAGGCAGCCAAUGUGUAGCCCCAUAAUUUCUACAUGGAGAACGUCUUUAUAAUCUCUGAACAAGACUGUCAUAGAACUGUAUUGUAGCUUAUUGAACACACCAAAUGUCUUAUUUGAAUGUACACUUAUGAACCGUGACCAUUUGGACUUAUCAGUGCUCACUGGAUGUAGUCGUGCACUUCUCAAAACGCUUUCAACACACUAUUGUGGUGUGUGUGUGCGUGCGUGAGUGCCCUGGAUGUGAACAUAUCCUAGACGAUGAAAUCAAAUUUUUACAUGUGAAUAUUAGAUUUCUUUGCUACUAUUUCACUAUUUAUUUUAUAUAAGUAAUGUAUUGCUGUGUUAUCAUUAGUACAAGGCUACCCCAGAGAGGCACAAAGCACAGAGUUUAACUAAGAAAUUGAUGGAACAAAAGACGUGUAGGCAAAGUAUAAAUGUGUGUUAAUACAUUUUGUGUUCUAUUAUAUGUGUACACAUCCUGGGUAAACUGGUUUGUCUGGAUAAAACCAUAAUUAUAAUGAAACAGAA